AUGUCUAUCGAGAACUUGAAAUCAUUUGAUCCUUUCGCUGACACUGGAGACGACGAAACUGCUGCUGCUAACUACAUCCAUAUCAGAAUCCAACAGAGAAAUGGUAGAAAGACAUUAACUACGGUACAAGGUGUCCCCGCUGAAUAUGAUUUGAAGAGAAUCUUGAAAGUGUUGAAGAAGGAUUUUGCAUGUAACGGUAACAUCGUCAAGGACGUUGAAAUGGGGGAAAUUAUUCAAUUACAAGGGGAUCAAAGAGCUAAGGUUUGUGAAUUUAUGAUUUCUCAACUAGGUUUCCAAAAGAAAAACAUUAAGAUUCAUGGGUUUUAA